AUGAAAUUGACGACUCUUGCACAGCUUGCUGUUGUCCACUCAUGUGCUGAUCCUGUUGACCUUGAGGCUUUCUUCUGUGAAGUGCAGAAGUUUCAUCUGAAUGGUGUUGCUGAACCGUUCUUUCAGGACUGGAUACUCGCAGAGCCCUCCCAUUUCUUUACACCAGAAACCCUACACCACUUGCAUAAGGAAUUUUUGGACCAUGAUGCACAAUGUUAUCAUCACUUUCCUGGAGGCAUCUCGAAGCUUAAACAGGUCACUGGUUGCUGUCAACAAGACAUGCAGCAAUAUAUCAUUGCAGUGUGGGCAGAUGCAGCACCUGCAUGUAUCAUCACUGCCUUACAUGUGCUCAUGCAAUUCCGUUAUCUCAUCCAGUCACCACACCUUGAUGACGAUGAUCUCAAGUACAUCUCAGGCACAUUACAUGAGUUCCAUGUUUGCAAUUAUUGA